UGCUUGAGCGCAGGCGCUCAACCAGCUUUCGAGUUUCAGCAGCUACACUGUAAGUCUUCAAAAACACAGGAGGGAGCUGAGGCGAAGUGUGCUCUGAUCAAUCUGCAAUUGCCGCAACCUCAGCAGAACCAGGCGCAUACGUGCCUUGCAGCUGGAUCUUCUCCCUUGAGAUCUCUGAAUUAAAUCCAAGAUGGCGCCCAGUCCAAUAGUUGCAGGACAGCUCUUUUCCAAGCAGACGCAGGCGCUGUUCUACAACUACAAGCCCUUGCCGGUGCAACGGAUGCUGGAUUUUGACUUUCUAUGCGGGCGUAUCACUCCAUCCGUGGCUGGCGUCAUCAAUCCUGGCUCCGACGGCUUUCAAAAGCUCUUCUUUGGUCAAGAGGAGAUCGCCAUUCCGGUGCACGGAAGUAUCCCAAGUGCCUGCAAAGCACACCCAAAGGCGGAUGUCUUGAUCAACUUUGCAUCCUUCAGAAGUGCUUUCGCGUCUUCAAUGGAUGCCCUGAAGCAGCCAACCAUCCGCGUUGUAGCAAUCAUCGCAGAAGGCGUGCCUGAGCAGGACACGAAGAAACUCAUUGCAUAUGCCAGGGCCAAUAACAAGGUCAUCCUGGGGCCAGCAACUGUGGGGGGUGUCCAGGCGGGGGCCUUCAAGAUUGGAGACACAGCCGGCACGCUUGAGAAUAUUAUUGCGUGCAAGCUGUACCGGCCAGGCUCUGUCGGCUUUGUGUCCAAGUCCGGGGGCAUGUCCAACGAGAUGUUCAACGUCUGUGCGCGUGUGACUGACGGGAUCUUUGAGGGGAUCGCGAUUGGGGGGGAUGCAUUCCCAGGCUCAACACUUUCUGACCACUGCUUACGAUACAACAGUAUACCUGCGGUCAAGCUCAUUGUUGUCUUGGGUGAAAUCGGAGGGCAAGACGAGUACAGCCUGGUGGAAGCAUUGAAAGCUGGCAAGAUUCAGAAGCCGGUGGUUGCCUGGGUCAGCGGGACGUGCGCAACGCUGUUCAAGUCGGAAGUGCAGUUUGGCCACGCUGGAGCCAAGAGCGGCGGGGAGGAAGAGUCCGCGCAGGCAAAGAACGCCGCACUGAAAGCGGCCGGCGCCAUUGUCCCGACCAGUUUCGAGGGCCUGGAGGACGCGGUCCGGACAGCGUAUCAAGCACUCGUGGAGGAGGGGACCGUGACACCCGCGCAGGAGGUGGAGCCGCCGAUCGUACCGGAGGAUCUGAAGAACGCAAUCAAGGCAGGGAAAGUGCGCGCGCCAACACACAUCGUGUCGACCAUCUGCGAUGACAGAGGCGAGGAGCCGACGUACGCGGGCGUGCCGAUGAGCACCAUCAUCGAGGAGGGCUUCUCCAUGGGCGACGUGCUGAGCCUGCUGUGGUUCAAACGGUCGCUGCCCAAGUACUGCACGCGCUUCAUCGAGAUGUGCAUCAUGCUCUGCGCCGACCACGGGCCCUGCGUGUCGGGCGCGCACAACACCAUCGUCACCGCGCGCGCGGGCAAGGACCUCGUCUCCUGCCUCGUAGCGGGGCUGCUGACAAUCGGCCCCCGGUUUGGCGGCGCCAUCGACGAUGCUGCCCGGUACUUCAAAGACGCCGCGGACAAGGGGCUGAAGCCGUUCGAGUUCGUGGAGGGGAUGAAGAAGAAGGGCAUCCGGGUGCCGGGAAUCGGGCACAGGAUCAAGAGCCGCGACAACCGGGACAAGCGCGUGGAGCUGCUACAGCAGUACGCGCGCGCCAACUUCCCGUCCACGCGCUACAUGGACUACGCCGUGACGGUGGAGACGUACACGCUCACCAAGGCCGCCAACCUGGUUUUGAACGUGGACGGCUGCAUCGGGUCGCUGUUCCUGGACCUGCUGGUCAGCUGCGCCAUGUUCACGCAGCACGAGAUUGACGAGAUUGUGGACAUCGGGUACCUGAACGGCCUCUUUGUGCUCGCCAGAAGCAUCGGCUUCAUUGGGCACACAUUCGAUCAGAAGCGUUUGAAGCAACCUCUGUACCGGCAUCCUUGGGAGGACGUCCUUUACACAAAUGUCGAGAGCUCAGCUCAGCCGAGGUAAACGCAGACUGUGUUGACUGCCCUAGGAUUAUUAGUCGUGCAAGCGGGCACAACCGGAGGGAUGUAGCAGACACCUGUGGCUGGACUUCUUCAUAAGCGAAGCUUUCAUGACGCGAUCGAACUGACGGAUAUUACAGAAUGGACGGUAGGGCUCUGCUCAUGAUGUGUCAAUCGCCUUGACAUAUUGCGCAAAAGGCGCGCUCUGUAACAAUUGCUCGUUCUUGGUAGUUCC